AUGACUUCUUCUGUCCAUUUCAAAUUCAAAUCCCAAAGAGAACCAUCAAGGGUAUCCUUUGACGGAACCGGUAUUUCUGUUUUUGAGCUGAAAAGAGAAAUUAUCAAUCAAAACCAAUUAGGCGAUGGCUCGGAUUUUGAUCUUGCUAUCUAUCACGAAGAUACCGGCGAAGAAUACAAUGAUGACACCGCAAUUAUUCCCCGGUCCACCUCUAUUAUCGCACGGAGGCUUCCAGCCUCCAGACCCGGAAAGGGUGCCGCUGCUCGUUAUAUAUCGGGUAAAAUGCCAGUAACAGCACGACCUUCAAUUCGAGUCGACUUAAAUGGCAUGAACAGACCGGGAAACAAUCCCUGUGCUUCAAUACCAGACUUGGACAUCGUGCAGUCCGAGGAGGAAAAGAUCAGGGCUGUAUUGAAUUUUCAAGAAUCCCAGUGGAAGGAACAGCAAGAAGAUAUGGCAACUGCUACUCCAAUUCCGUCAAGUCGAAAUCGAGCAUUGAAUACUAAUGCUCCCGACCAUCCUCCACCGCCUGGCUACCUGUGUUAUCGUUGCCGGGAAAAAGGACAUUGGAUUCAGGCAUGUCCCACCAACAACGACCCUAGAUUCGACGGCCGCUAUCGUGUAAAACGCUCAACCGGUAUACCGCGAUCGUUUCAGAAGCAGGUAGACAAACCAGAAUCACGAGCGUUCGAUAAGUCAAGCGAGGACCCAAAACUGUCCGGUGUCAUGGUAAACGCGGACGGCGAUUUUGUGAUCGCUGAGCCGGAUAAAGCGUCAUGGGAGCUGUAUCAAGAGAAAGCCAAAGCUUCUGCUGCUGCUGCUGCAGAACUUGCAGCGAUCGAGAGUACUAAAGGCCUUCAAUCUCGUAAUCUUCUCUGUCCGUCCGAUAAACGUAUGUUUCUCGCUCCCACUAAGACUCCUUGUUGUGGAAGCACUUACUGCAACGAUUGUAUCACGAAUGCAUUAAUCGAAAGCGACUUUGUUUGCCCAGGAUGCAAUGCUGAAGGCGUAUUACUUGACAACCUCUCAGUUGAUGAAGAUGCCAUUUUGCGGAUUAAAGAAUAUGAAGCCGAGCAAGCCGAUUAUGCAAAGCAAGGAUUCCAACCAACCAUAAUCCUCAGCCCCAAUCAGAAAGGAACCUCUGGUGAUUCACCACAUCUGGCCACGGAUUUAAUGUCAAAAAUUAUACCCAAGAGACCUGCAGAUGAUGCGGGAAAUCACCAUAACGAGACACUCCCAGCAGCUGCCUUAAAGAAAGCCAGAUUUGAAGACCCCUCGAAUUAUGCUCGCAGCACCGACGUACUGGAUUCCAUUACUAAUCCUUCUACUAUUCCUUUUCGCACGCCAUUUAAUCCCUUCGGAACGUCUGCCAGUGUGGACCACUCAUCUUGUUUUCCGCCUCCCUUUGCCAGUUCUGGUGGCUUAUGGAACCAAUCGUCGAAUAUUAACUUUGUGACGGCGGCGCAGCCUAGCCUCUAUCACCAGAAUAUGAUUCAAUCUAUGGUCCCAAUGGGCGGUCCUAUUUCAUCAAACAUAUUCGCUGGCCAAGGGUUUAUGCCCAUGCACAGUCAGAUGUUCCAGCCAUUUCCAGUACAACAACCAAGCGAAACUGCCACAUUUUCGAACCAACAACGUACCACAUUCAGUGAACCAUUUGCUAAGGAAGAAGAUAAUGCUUAUUUUCGACAACCGGUGAACCCACACCGACACCAGGCGAAACAGAAACGCCUUAGACCUAGUGAUUAUAGGGAGCUUUGA